UUUCCUACUGAAAAUAUUAUUUUAAAUAAAGAACUGAAAUGUGAAUAGUACUAUAAUUUUCUUUAUAUAAUGUUUCAUACCAUACCAAAGUUUAUAGACGUUACCGUAUGGUGUCGUCAUAUAAAUUAUUAAUUUAAUUACCUAAAUAGUAUUUAAGUCUCCGUUAACAAAUUAGGUUCCUUUUACAUUUCUUAACUAAAACACUACACUACUACAACAGCUGCAUAACAUUAAAUACAUUUUCACAUAUUUAAAAGGAAGAAAUGUGUGAUGUGCUAAUUAAUUUGAAUAAACAAUUUAAUUCUAGUCUAAUCACAUUCUAAAUUAGUCGUCGUUUAGUUGGAAUUUCUCCAUUGCUAGUAAAAAAAUAUAAGGCGAUAUUUUGUGCGCAUAUUCUCGCAUUUCGUUGCUUUAAUUAUCUUUGUUUUGAGCUUUAGCAUUAUCUCGUACAAUUUAUAUAGUUCUAUAAAAUUUUCUCUCAAUUAAUAAUAAAAUAGUUAUAAAUUAAAACUUAAUAUUAUUUAUACUUACUAUAGCUAAGCAGGACACCUAAAUAUAGUAAUUUUGUCGCCAUAUUUAAAGUGCACGGAAUAGAAAAUAUCAAGCACAAUAGCCACAAAAUUGUAUUACUUUAACCAUGCACUUCUGUUUAAAGAAAUACUGAAUAGCAAGCCGCAUAAAAUAUGUAUAUUUUAAUACUAUAAUUAAUGUUUAUAAACACUUUCUUUGUAAAGUAAUUCACCGCAUUCUUUGUACAUACAAUAGUAAUGAAGUGACGAAUGCGAUACCAAUUGCCUACGAAGGUCAAAAGUGAAUGUUUACAUCAAAAAAGUUUGAAUCACGAUUCCUUCCGCGCAAUUAAGUUGAUAUAAUUAUUGUUUAAUGUUAAAUAUGUAUUUAAAAAAACAAUGACAAGUUAUUCCUAUUCAUACAUAUGCUUUUUGGUAGUUGAACAUCUAUACGUAAAUUAAUUUUAUUUAUUUAUUUUCAUUCACCAUGUAUACUAAAAAAAAAUUGUGUUUGUGGAAAAGCUUAUGCGAUAAACCUCAGUUACAAAUCUCAGUUAUCCGUUAAGCACGGUGGUAGUAGCUCUUUGCUAGUCAAAUGUGGAUAUUUUCUCAUAAAUAUGAUCAUUUUAUAUUUACUUAUUCAUUUUCUGAUUUUCGUAAACCCAAGUCUACAGAUUUGUUUAGAAGAAACUUCAUAUAAAGGGUUAAGUGUCCGAUGGCCACAAAGUGAAGAGGGCAUAGACAUAAAGUCAGACCCCUUAUGUUACAACGAAGAUACAAUAAUAACAAGGAAUUGUGUUAACAAUACGUGGAUACCUUCUUUGGCUGAGCUAACUCCUUGUUUUGAAGCUCUCCAUAUUUUUGAUACACCACAGUCAUCCAUGUGUCCAGCUACAUACAUGAAGGUCUCCGAGAAUAACACAAACUAUUGUUAUAAAGUUGAGAAAGCAUCAUCGUGGAGUUUUCCAUGUCUUCAAGGUGGUGCUUCGGUGAUUACACAUCUCAGUGAUGACGAUGUGGAAUCUGUAUUAACAUCUUUAAAAAAAAUUAACGUUUCAAGAUAUUUUUGGUUGCCAGGGCGCAGAGCUACACUUUUCAGUCCUCUAAUUUGGAAUACACCCGGAAAAAUGUGGGGCCGCAACGUGGAAAGUAAUAAUUUUUUGCCGGUUCGUGACUGUAUAUUUAAAAACUGCCUUAUAUUAGAUAUUGAAGCACGAGAAAUCACAUCUGAAUUAUGUUGGAUAGAAUAUCCUAGUUUAUGUUUUUAUAGAAAUGUUAUACAUUAUCCAGCUAAUUGUCCUGAAUACUACACUGGAGUAAGAUUUACACCGCAGGAAAGUAUUUGUGCUGGAAUAAAAGUAUCGCAUGAAGAGUUGUCAUUUGAGGAAUUUUCAAAUAUGUCCCAUUCUCAAUGCACACCCAUGGGAGACAAUAUAGAAAAUGAUUUAAGCCGAUAUGUCUAUAAAGAAAUAGCUAAAAAUUAUGCUUUUCCAGAGAAUACGUGGUGUUGGUUCUCGACAUCAUUUUAUAACCAUGUUGGAGAUCAAAUAGGCAUAUUUAAGUCAGUGUUUUCUGAUUUUCGGGUCUCUAUAAAUAAUAAAGGUUCAAUAAAAUUAAACAGAAAACAGGAUUCAAUGAAACUGUCCUGUUUAGCUUGUCGGACUCAGAUUUUGUACGAACAGCCUGAAUUAUUCUUUGAAUACAAUGAACUCCAUAAUACUAUGUUCUUAACAAUUUAUUACCCUUCCGGUUUGUGGAAAUAUAGUGAAAAUGACACAGGCAUUCAAUGUUUCUCGGACGCGAAGGGCUUUGUAAAAGUAAUAGAUUUUAAUGAGCUUCCGUAUAUGCAAAUUAAGACAAGUAAAUAUCAAGAUAAGACAAAUUCCACUAUAGAAAAAGUCGUCUACAAAGUUGAUCUUAUAACAGAUCGAUCAGCACAGUAUUGGUGUGAGGGGCAUACAAAUAAUUUUACUUUAAUCGCAACUGAAAAAGUGAUUGCCAAUCCUCAAGGAAAUGAUAUUCAUGUAUUUUCUCUAGGAUUAGAAAUAUUUUUUACUGAUCAUGAAAUAAGAAUUGAACUAAACGAAAAAAUGAUACAAGUCUGUGAGAAUGUGACUUUAAUCUUUAAUGCAGAUAAAGUUCUUUUAAUGGAAAUGCUCACAUAUGCCUCAGAGAAAUUGCUAGUUUUGUUACAUAUGCAUAUGCCAAUUAUGAAUAUUUACAAUGAUAAGGGUGACAACAUAAAAAUGUUAUAUGAAAAUAUUAAACAAAUUGCAGAAACGGAACUAUUUAAAUAUAACUAUACAUUUGUAAAUAUCUCUAGUUCAAUGUAUUGCUUACCAACUACUUCGGACUCGGAAGGUAUGAUACUAGAAUGGGAACUGACUGCGAUUGGUCAUAUAGCAGCUCCAAAACAAUUCUGUUUACAAGCCAACGGUUUGCCUGUGAAGAGGCGUUGUCUGGGUUCAUAUAUUCUUGGUAGUAGAUGGGGUCAAGUUGAAGGUGUUUGUAAUAAAAACUACUCUCCUUCAAUAGCGACAACAUAUUUGUAUAAGUUCUAUAAAGGUCGAAUGCCCGCAAACGAUACAUUUGAAUUUCUAACAAAUGGUCUGGGAUAUAUAUUAAAUGAUGUUGACAUAUUUAUUCCAGCAGACAUAUAUUAUUUGUCCAUAUCGUUGCAGCAAAUUUUAAACAUAGCUCAAAGCAAUGAAAGCUCCGUAGAUAUGGGUACUAUUGAGAACAUUGCUUGGAUUAUGAAUAGAGUCAUGAUAUUAGACAAUCGAUACCUAAGAUUAGCACAAACAUUAAAUUCAACGAACGUUAUACUAGAUGCGGUAGAUGUAAUAAUUCAUAAGUUAGUUAAGGCUAGAAGGAACACAUCUACAUUACGAAGUCAUCAAAAUGUCGGGUAUGACUUGGCUAGACAACCAAACUUUUUAAUUCAAAUAUGUUAUCCUACCAUCAACAACAUUUCUGGUAUAGCUAUUAGGUAUAAAACAAACACGAGUAAUUUUUUCGAUGUGGACAUAAUACCAUUGUUUAAGAAUACUACUUAUGAUGAAGUGUUAUUGAUCUCUAAUUUAGAUAUAGCGACAUGGAUUCCGGGAAAUGUUCUCGACUCUUUAAUUAUUAGUCAAAAUUUAACAAGUAACGAAACGCUGCAAGUAGAGAAUAUCCGUAUAAUAAUAAGCAUUUUCCACAAUGGCGCAGUAUUUCAAGAAUUAGAUCCUAAUGAUUUAAUUUUAAACAGUCGAGUCAUAGGUGUUUCGAUUCCUGGAUUUUUACCAAAUUUACUUCAUCCAAUCCCCUUAAUAUUUCGUAACUUUAAUAAUUUAGCAUACAAAAAACAAUGUGGUUAUUGGGAUUUCAUGGUAAAAAACAGAGCUUCGGGAUUUUGGUCAAGUAAGGGAUGUUACUUGGUUAGUACAGUCAACAAUACGAGCAUUUGUAAUUGUUAUCAUUUAACUCAUUUUGGGCAGUUAAUAAACAUUCGGCAACGAAUAAUCGAUGACCACGCCGUUAAUACAAAACCGUUAAAUAUAAUAUCUCUCAUAGGGAGUUUCUUAUCACUCCUUGGAAUAACUGGUAUAUGGCUGACAGCCUUUGUUUUUCAGGCCUGGAGGAAGAAAGCUGGUUCCAAAGUUCUAUUAAAUCUAACAGGAGCUAUAGCAAUGCCAUUAAUUAUAAUGGUUGUUUUUAAUUUAGGUGAUACAAUAUUUUUAGGGGAAAAUGGCAAGUACUUCGCUUCAAAUAAAAUGAAAAUAAUCUGCAUAUUUUUAGGUGCAAUAUUGCAUUAUUCAGUUCUUGCUAGUUUUAUGUGGAUGCUCAUAACCGCUUCUUUACAGUUCAUCAGAUAUGUAAGAGUUUUAGGAGAUAAACGACCUUCUAGGUUUAUGAUUAAAUUUACAUUGAUUGGAUGGGGAAUUCCUCUAGUACCUGUAGCGGCCGUUUUAAUAUUUGAUCCACAUAAUUAUAUUCCGACUGCAUCACUAAGUAGAAAUGAAUAUGCUAUUUGCUAUCCUACUGGAUUUUAUUUAAUUGUUACAGUUAUUGUACCGAUCUGUAUUAUUUUGUUUAUAAAUAUCACCUUGUUUAUUUCAGUUUUAUAUGCUAUUUCACACGGUCCUGACGGAAAAAUGAGAACUACAGACAUUGACUUGAUCGGUGCCCAGAUAAGGUUGUCUAUAUUUCUGUUUUUCCUUUUGGGUUUGACAUGGAUUUUUGGUAUAUUUUCAUUUACAAAAAAUUUAGUCUGGUCCUAUUUCUUCUGUUUGACUUCAACUUUGCAAGGAUUCGUUUUGUUUGUUUACUUCGUUAUUUGUGACCCGAUUACACGUAAUUUAUGGGUAACUUUAAUGAAACCACAAUUCCGGUCUAAUUCUCCAAGAGAAAGUGUAACAAGUAUUACUAAUACCUAAAUGCAUCUUAAAAGAAAAGUACGGAUUAUUUAUGAAUUAUAAUUGUAUAAAAUAUAAUUCCAUUUGUUAAAGUUAGCCCCUAUUUAAUUUAGGUUAUUUUUUUAUUGUAUAUUGUCUUUCUUAUAAUAUCCUGUAAUAAAUACUUUUAUUUAUAAGGUAGAUGUAAGAUGUUCUAUUGUAUCUAUUAUAAUUAUAACAAACGUGGUAACAAAAGUAGUUACUAAUUUAGUAGAUGUUAAAGUCGAUGCAGAGAACUACAAUAAAAUUUGUUUUCGCAAAAUGUUGUUUGGAAUUCUUUAAAAACACUAAACAGUGAUCAAACUGACUAGCAUUCUCAUUUCUAAUAGGUAAUCAGAGAUGACGAAAGUGUUCAAAACGAAAGUGACGAACUAUAAAAUUCUUUACUUUAUCUUGCUAUUAUUUUCAUGGGGUUGGUAUUAUAUACAGUUUUUUAAUAUAUAUAGAUAGUCAUUUACAUAAUCCAUAUGGUUUUGUUAUCGCCUUUAUAUUUUUAUGUAUGUAUGUAUGUUAUAGUUUCUUUCAAUAAGGCUUGGAGAGCGAUUCCAGCAAACCAAGCGUCUUAUGCCUUAAGAGAUGGUGAUGAUGAAGACUAUGACGAUCGAC